AUGAUAUGUACCGAAGCGAUCGAGAGGUUGGAUCAAUUAUCACUUAAAAUUUUUCUUUUUCCCUUUCUCGCUUUUCCGUUCUUUCUUUCUUUCUUGCUUUCUUUCUUUCUUUCUUUCUUUCUUUCUUUCUUUCUUUCUUUCUUUCUUUCUUUCAUUCCCUUUCUCUCUUUAUCUUUCUCUCUCUCUCUCGUUAUCUCUUUAGCAAUUUCUUCUCCAAACGCCAAAUGGACGUUUCUUCCUGCUUCAGUGUCAGAUGCCACUGAUGAAUGGCCAUACAUUUUCAUCUUUCUUUACCUCGUUCUGUCCCGCUAUCUCUCUUUCUCUCACACAUAUUCGUUUUCUCUCUUUUCAGCACUCUCUUUCUCUCUCUCUCUCUCUCUCUCUCUCUCUCUCCCUAUCUCACUCUCUCUCUUUCUUUCACUGUUUUUCACCGCCUCUCUUUCAGUUUGCCUUACAGUUUUCUUUCUUUCUAAUUCCCUGAAUCUGUCUCAUUCCCACUCUCUCCUAUUUCUUACUCGAUAUCUACCCCUCUUUAUUUACCUUUCACCGCUUCUCUUUCUCUUUUGGGUCUCCCUUUCUUUCUCUUUCACAGCCUCUUCAAUCUGUUUCUCUUUCAGUGCUUCUUUCACUCUGUCUUUCUUUUUCGCUUUUUUUCCUUUUUCACGCACCCUCCUUCUUUCACUGUUAUUGACUCUCAUUCUUUCUUUCUCUCUCUCUCUCUCUUUCUCUCUAUUUUUUUGUAAUAUUCUCUCGUUUUUUAUCUAA